CAGCGAGGUCCUUGAGAGCCCUACAAGAGAAGUGCCGAACACAGUAAACACCGCACCCUUUGGAGCUUUUCUCUGGAAGUUUCAGGUAAAUUUUUCGUUAUUACUUUACCAUAGGUUGUCCUCUUCUCACAGGUUGUGAAGAACGCUUUUUUCUUUUAAUUCCGCUUUUUUGUCUGACGGCUAUUCUGUUUUUUCUAGACUGCGUUCGUGGCUUGUUUCUGGCCAUUGUUCGCCAGUGUUGGUCUGAUAAAGCUAAUUUCGAAUUCUUCGCGGCAGGAGCGCUUUCUCAAAUCGUUUGCUCGGUAUGCUCAGCGCUUUUCAAAUCGAACGCUACGAUUAUGCUGGUCUUUAAUUUUGCCUGGGUAUGUAACGAAAAUUAACCAAAUUUCGCUCAACUGCGGUCUUCGUUUAACAUCCAGCUGUCGGGUUCAUGCGCUUAAAUGUCUUCGUGAGGUAGUGAUAGUUUUUUCAACCCGACAGCUGAUCAUUGAGUUGAGGGCGUAUCUUCUGUUAAAAAAACUCUAGGAACCCAGCCAAAGGCUACCCGCCAUGCAUCAAGUUUUUAUGCUAAGAUGCGCUCGUUCCAGUAGACCUUGUCACGGUUUUCGACAGGUACGCCAUCUUUACGAGUAGGCAAACGCGUGAAAAAUAACAGUGUUUGUAUGAGCAUCUAAUGUCGAAUAAUUUCCGUAGAACGGCUGUUUUGACAAAAAUAUGAUUUUUAAACUAAAGCUUCUCUCCUAAGAAUUUUACUGAAAAAAAUUGAGGGCGUUACAUGCACUAGAAGACCUAGAACCACUUUUUUAAAUUUUCUAUACAUUUGUCUGUAAGAAAGUCCCGGGAAAAUUACGGAUAAAUAAUUAUGUGGAAAAUCUAAACCAAGCCUCUGGAGAAAUCUAAGCUCAGGUACGUCCCCCCAAAUUUUUUAGGACAAUCCUUUGCUUUGUAACUUUAGUUUACAAUUGAUAUUUUUUUCAGAACAGCCUUUUUACGGAAAUUAUUCGACAUUAGAUUCUCAUACAAACACUGUAAUUUCUCACACGUUUUCCUACUCGUCAAGAUGGCGUCGAAAACCGUGACAAGGUCUAUUCGAAUCUGACCUUGAGAGACCUUUCUUUUUACGACCUUGAUGUCUUACAAAAUUAGGUGUGAUUGUUUAUAGGUCUGUGUGCUGUUAUUAUGCACAUGUCAUCGACCUCCCAGUGGGGUUAAGGAUCCCAGGCUUAACAAUUUCCUCCAGGAAUGGGGGAAUUAAACAGUGCCAUGUCCCCUGGUUCAAGUGCUUCUCAAUGGAAAAUCCCCCUGAUAUCUUCCUUUUACAACUGGGAUUCACUUGAUUGAAGCGACUUUUUAUGGUGGUUGUAACCUGCAUAGCUGGUUUAACUUGUUGCACACUUCUGCCAAACAUAUAACGACAAACACAUAAGCAGUGUUCGGUAAACAAGACUGGUGAGGGAAUUUUUUGGCCGGUCAAGUCACCAUUCUGGCUGGACAUUGUCCACUGACCAGCUGUUAUUUUGGGCACUUACCUUGGGACUUAACCAGCUGCUGUUUGGUAAAAUAAAUCUUAAUUCUUCCCCUAAAGCUUACACAAAGACCAGGCUUGACAGAGUGACAAAAAUGUAGCGUACUUCCCACCUACCCGUCAGUGUAAUUAUUAUCCCUUCUCUUUGAAAAUUCUGAAUUUCUAAUUUUUUUUAUCUAUCUCCUUGCUAGAUUUUUAAUAAUAUGGAAUUUUAUGAGAAAGAAUCAGUCCAUGAAAAAUGCCCUGCUUUUAAAGAUGGCUGUCCUUAUUCUAAGCUUGCUCAAGACAUCUUCAUGGAAGAAAUCAAGAAAUGUCCUGAAUUCAAAGAGGGAUGCCCAUUCAAAAACAUGGACAACGUCAAGGAGAUGUUGGAGGAGCUAUCCAAGAUGCCGGAAUCAAAACAUCAUACAGGUCCAGCACACGAGCAGUUAUUAAGCUUACUGAAGGCCAUUCAUUCUGAAUCAAAAAGUUUGGAAGAAAAAGUUGGAGAGUGCCCUGUUUUCAAAACAAAGGAAGGCUGCCCAUUUAAGGAUGCCAGCAAAGAAGGGAAGCCUCUGAUAGAGCCACCUAGUGAUGUCCUGGAAAAUCAGACUGUCACUGACAUCAGUAAGUUGAAAGAGAAGUGUCCUGCUUUCAAAGAAGGAUGUCCAUUUGCCAAGAUGGAUAAUGAAUCCCUUUUAGAAGAGAUCAAGAAAUGCCCUGAGUUCAAAGAGGGGUGUGCAUUCAAGGAUGCAAAAUCAGUGGAAGAAAUCCACAGCAAACUAUCGCAGAUGCCGAGUGGUGAGAAAGACUGUCACCAUAAAGAAGCUCUGAUGCAGACCAUGAAAGUUAUUCACAGUGUUGGCCAUGAGAAAGCCGAUGGGUGUCCAUUGCUCCAAAAGGAUGGGUGUCCAUUUAAAAGUGUGGAGAGUGAUGGGAAAGCCAUUAUAAACCCUCCAGAGUCAGUUCUUCCAACAGAAGAAAUAAAAGCACAGCAGGUUAAACCCUCAGUCCAUUCUGUUGGUCUAACAGAUUUGAAAGAAACCUGCCCUGCAUUUGAAUCUGGAUGUCCAUUUGCCAAGGUUGGAAGGAAAGACUUUGGAAAAGACCUGAAAGAAUGUCCCGAGUUCAAAAGUGGCUGUCCUUACAAGGAUAGUUCAGAUGUUGGGGAUCUUUAUCAAAGGCUUGCUAGUCUUCCUCAGUUUUCCGUCAAAGAAUCUCAUGGGGCCAAGUUGUUAGACAUUUUCAAGCAUGUUCAUGAAGUGUCGCAGUCUCUGAAAGAUGAGCUUGGGGAGUGUCCAGUGUUUGUGACCGAUGAGGGAUGUCCAUUCAAGACAGUGUGCAGUGACGGCAAACCCUUGAUUGACAAGCUCGAUGAUCAGCGGUGGACCAAGAUCCUACAAUCCUCCUUAGAAGAUGUCAUUAACGAUGUCAGUGAAGAGAUUGAUAAAACUGAGCCAUCAAUGCAUCUUUCCAAGGAGCUCAAAAAAGGCACAAAGAGAGUGCAUAGAGAAGCAGAGAAUGUGCACUUUGUUAAAGAAUUUGCCAAAGGAAGAAUUGAAAGACAGUGGUACAAGGAACUCCUUGCUGAUCUCUAUUUUGUGUACAGGUUAGUUCUUUUCAUUAAGUCUUUGCAUUUGUUUCAAUUGUCUGUUUGUCAUGUUGCCUAUUAGAUUAACCCUUUUAUACUACUGCAUGAGAAAUUUCUGCAAUUUGAUUGGCUUAGAGUAGUGGUAUUUCAUCUUAAUUUGAAAUACCUAUAUGUGAAAAUUACAAACCUUUUGCGGGUCAGUAGUAUAAACAAAUAAUAGCAUGAUUUGUACAUGAUAUUUGGAAUAAAUGCUAUUUGUGAUAUUUGAAAAUUUUCUCAAAUUUCACUUGCCUAACAGCUUGUGAAAUUACGUAUAACAAUUUCAAAAUAUCACUCGUGGUAUUUAUGCCAAAUAUCACUACAAAUCAUGCUAUUACCUAUACUAAUACCAUGGGUGGCAAAUUACUCCUUAAUUUUGGUGCGAAAUUGCAGCGUUAAUUUAGAAUUUCGCUUGUGAAUUACAAAAUUACUAUGGCAACGUUCUCUGCAUUUACAUGUCAGUGCCAAGAUGGUGUCGAAGUUUCAAAAUAUUGUGAAUGAAGAUGUCGGGGCAUUUAGAAAACCUGAACACACAAAAGAGCACUCUUGCUGAAAAAUUCAGAACUUGUGAACUCAAGCCAAAAUUUAUGCUCUAAACUUCUUGGUGUGUGUGGAGUUCUCAAUACGAUAAACAAGUAAAAAAACCAAGAUUGUUAGUGUAAUUUGUCAUCCAUGAUAUUAAUAGGUAAUUAAAUGGUAUUGAUUGUUGAACAAAUUCUCCUCAUCAGUAACAAAACAGUGCAAAAAACUGGAGAAUACACAUGCUGACAUGUAUACUUGUCAGCCUUACUGAGGCCUUGAUGUAUUGACCGGGCGAUAGUGAGGUCAAUACAUCCAGGCUGAGGUCUGAGAUUUUGCUGUAAUUACCGAAAAGACGAGGUUAAUAAGUUUUUUAUUAUAUGGCAUUUAAUCGUUGUGGACCAGAGCCUGCGAUCAAUUAAAACCAACAACUGGUCAGCAGAUAACUUAAAAAAAAAAACAUGUCAACUCAAUGAGUUUUACACUCAAGCCCACAAUACACUCAGGUGACACUGGUCAGUGGAUACACUUUUUGACAGCUGUCAAUCGACCAUAACAUAAAUGUCCAUAAGGAUGUCCACUAGCAAGUUAAACACAGAUUGUAUAUACCUUGGACACCUAGCUAAUAAUGCCUGGUCAUUACAAGAAAACAGCCAAUCAGAGCACAUGUACUAUUGUAGCCAUAUAAUAUGUUCACAGUGUAUACUGUAUUCUGAGGACCAAGUGGCUGGAAAAAUGUAUUAAUUAUCUACCCACUGUCCUCUGGUAUGUCCCUGUAUAGGAUAUACAAAGUUCCCACCCACACCCUAGCCUGCAUCCCAGACGUGAUCUAGCCUCAAUUAGUGACUUCUGCGAAGCAGAGCCGGGAUCCUUGUUCUGGGCGUCCAACAGACUCCUUGAUCUACCAGAAGUGCUUUUCGAAUUUCCCCUUUAACCUUAUUGGUAAAUUAAUUAAUAGCUUUUUUGACAGGCCAAUCAUGGUGCCUACCCAAAUCCUGGUACACAGGAAGGGACCUAGAACAAAGAUUUAGGUGCUGUCUUGCAGACAUACUUAACCAGAGGUUUGGUUUUACUUGGGACAGGCUGUAUACCCCUCCUUCCCCUGAUUAACAUUGCAAAAAGGUUGCUUUCGCUUAACCCUUUAAGCCCCAAUAUCCUCAAACAAAUUCUCCAAACUGAUCUCUAUACAUUUCCUUACAGAAUCAGUUGGGAAAAAUUGGUAAAAGAUCAGAGAUUUUUCUCUUUGUGAUCACUUGAUUAAUUCUCAUAGAUUUUGCACUUGACAAUCUAUGGAUAUUGUUAGGAGAAAAUUGAUGUUGGUCACUAUUGGGACUUAAAGGGUUAAGGCAUUGUCCCACGGUCUUGAAGUACCUCAAAAACCAUUAUUGUAUCCUGUGGCAGAUACCUAUGUACGGUUGAACCUCUCUACCACGGCUACCUUGGGAACAGAAGAAAGUGGUCAUUGUAAAGAGGUGGCCGUUGUAGAGAGGUUUUAAACAAGAGUCAUUGUAUGAAUUUUUUGUCCGCUGGGACGAAAAAAAGUGGCCAUUGUAGAGAGGUGGCCUUUAGCAGAGGUGCGACUGUAGCUCAAUAAUAAUUUAUGCUAAAUAACUGGAUAUGAUGACUGACUGUCGCCCUCAAUUUUGUUUGCCUUUUUAGCUUGCAUGCACUUGAAAUGUUUUGUUCAGUAAAAAUAUUAGACAAAAAAACAAAUCAGCAAUUUUAUGUAGUUAAAACGUAAUUCGGAUCACAUCUGAUGUAUAUAUUUUUGAUUGGUUGGUUCAUGACUUAUUUUUUCUAAAAAGUUAAUUUUAAUGCAAGAAAUGUUUUCUUGUCAUCAUUGGGCCUAUUUGGGGGUGUAGUAACUGUUGUCACAUCAAUCUUCUGGGUCUUUUUGUUCUCCUGUUCUCAGAGCUCUUGAAGAAGAGAGUGAAAAACACAAGGACCAUGAGCUGUUCAAGGCUGUUCAUUUUCCAAAUGAGCUUGGUCGCCUUCAGAGCUUGGAAGAGGAUAUGGAGUUUUAUUUUGGAUCAGAGUGGAGACAAGUUCCCAUGUCUGAUGCCACCAAAUCCUAUGAGAACAGAAUCCACGAAGUCGCAGACAAAGAUCCAUCCCUACUCAUUGCUCAUCAUUACACCAGGUACCUUGGUGAUCUGUCCGGUGGGCAAAUCCUCCGUAAAAUGGCAAUGAAAGCAAUGGACCUUCCAAGCACAGGCGAAGGGGUAAAAUUUUAUGUAUUUGAGAACAUUCCUGAUACAAAGAAGUUCAAGAUGAUGUACAGGUCUUGCCUUGAUGGACUGCGCCUUGAUAAAAUGAAAGCAGAUGAAAUUGUCAAAGAAGCAAAUUAUGUCUUCCUGCUAAACAUCUACCUGUUUCAAGAGAUCGACACUCUGGCUGGCUUUGAAGAAGAGCAACCCGAGAAGAAAAAGUUGACGAUUGAGGAGAUUCACAGUGCUGUUGAAGAGACUGGUAAAGAAACUUCUGGAGUCUGUCCUUUUACAACCAUGGCCAAGAAAGAAGCACCAGCAAACAGAGCAGGUUCAAAGCAAGAAGGGCGUGGCAUUAAUCCAGUGCUGUUGGCAUUGUUUAUUGCCUUUGCAGCCAUUGUAAUAGGGUUGUUUUUUCAGAAAAUGAGCUAAAAAGACAUAAUUUGACAAUGCUUUACAGCGUAUUAAGUUACAUAUGUGUAACAUUAAGGGUGGAUUCGUUUACAGAUAAAGAGGCAAUUAAAUUUAAACAGGUUUGGUUUUUCAGAAAACGAGCUGAAAGGUCAGAAGCAGAAUGCAGAUUUUGCAAUCUGUACAUAGCCUGCGACGCAGAUGUGACUUAACCUUGGUUAUUAACGUCUGCGAAGCAGCGACGAGCCCGGGGGGGAAUCUCAUAUGAAACAGACGGGGAUGCUCGUCGUCUCGCUUUGGGGAGUGAAUUUUGGAUUUUGGUCUCGCUUAGGGUGUUCCGGGCAAAGCGCCAAUAUUUUAAGCCACCAAGGUCUCGUUUAGGGUUCUGCGAAGAACUUGAGAUUUAUGACAAUGCUUUUAAAAACUGCUUUUAGAUAGAAGCUUUCGAAGGUUAUGUCUUUAUAUCAUUAAAACUCAUUGCAUGUCGUAUUUGUGUGUUUUUAAGCGGUCUCUUUUAGGGGUCAAAAUUUGCUUAAGCCACGCCAAGAUUGGUCUCCUUUAGUGGUCACAAAAAGCUUGAGCCACGCCCAGAUGGUCUCCUUUAGGGGUUAAAUUCAAAAUUCCUACGAGCAUCCCCGUCUGUUUCAUAUGGGAGUCCCCCCCCCCCCCGGGGGGCGACGAGAUCCUUGUUCUAGACUCCCAAUGAACUCAACGGAUUACAAGAAGAGCGUUUUGAAUUUCCUUUCAUCUUGAUUGGCAAAUCCACCAUGACAUUUUUAACAGGCCAAUCAUGGCACGUACUCGAAUCCUGGUACAUAGGUAGGGGCGCGAAACAAGGAUUUCGACGAUGUUUCGAAGACGGACUUGACCAGAGUUUAGUUUCGUCUGCGGUGCGGGGUAUCGGUACAUUGUUGUUUUUAGAAUUAAAAUUCAUACUGUAAUAAUGCUUUACUGUGUAUUAAGUUACAUUGAUUUCACAUUAAGGGUGGAUUCAUUUUCAGGUAAAGAGACAAUUGAAUGUAAAGCUAUAUUGUUGGUUUUUGCCAUAAACUUCUCGCAUGGUGCCAUGUAGAAUUUUUAUGACCACUUUAAAAUUGUUUAUUUCGGUGUUAAAUGUAAUAACAAAAUUAUGAUCUUGAAGCAGUAC